GUGUUGCAGGAGCGUAAGCUGGACAAGCGGGAGCGGCAGCGCUUCCGCGAGGAGGCUGAGCUGCUCAAGGACCUUCAGCAUCCCAACAUCGUGCGCUUCUUCGACUACUGGGAGGUGACGCGCGACACGAAGCGCAAGUACAUCGUGCUUAUCACCGAACUGAUGACGUCCGGAACGCUCAAGUCGUACUCCUGAGUUCAUGGCGCCGGAGAUGUAUGAGGAGCAUUACGACGAGGCGGUCGACGUCUACGCGUUCGGCAUGUGCAUGCUCGAGAUGGCCACCAACGAGUACCCUUACUCUGAGUGCAACAACCCCGCGCAGAUCUACAAACGCGUUACCACGGGAGUCAAACCACUCAGUAUGGACAAGCUAGAGAAUGCAGAAAUCAAAGAUAUUGUAAAAAAGUGUGUCAAGACGAAUAGGGCUGAGAGGCCCAAGGUCAAAGACCUGCUCAUGCACGAGUUCUUUCUCGAAGACGCCGGCUUCAAGGUCGAGCUCGUCGACCCGGACGCGGUUGCCGCGGGCGACGGAUGCGAGAUCCAGAUGCGGCUGCGAGUCGUCGACCCGAAGAAGCGCAAGGACAAGCACAAGGAGAACGAAGCCAUCCAGUUCGACUUUGACUUCACGAAGGACCAGGCGGAGGAGAUCGCCAUGGAGAUGGUGAAGUCGGGUUACCUGCUGGAGGAGGACGUGCGUCUCGUCUGCCGCUGCGUGAAGGAUCGCAUCGACCAGGUGCUGAAGCUGCGACGCGAAUACCGCGAGAAUAGGGAAGCCCACCACGACAAGGACUCAUCCUCCUCCUCCGCCGCCGCCGCAGCAUCUGCAGCCGCCGCGGGACUCCACGAUAAGGACCCCGCCGCCGCCGCCGCGUCGCAGCACCACCUGCCGGCGGCGCCUCACUCGAUGUCCGCGCUCACACCGUCGGCGGUCCACGGCGCGCCGACGCCGCAGCAGCAGCAGCAGCAGCAGCAGCAGCAGCAGCAGUCGGCCGCUGCCGGCGGCUUGCUGUCCGUCUCCAGCGAACCGAAUAUGAGAGCGUGGCUGGCUAAGGGCUGGAAACCAGCAACGAGCAUUGCUGCCCGCUGGCAGCCCGUCCUUAGUGACCCCAGCGACACGAGCAGCGGGGUCGGAUGGACGGUGGGACCGGCGCACGACAGCGUGGCGCCAUCUGGCGACGCGGCGGGCAGCGACGCGAACAUGAUGGGAUGUCGGCGGCGAGUGUCGUCGGCAGAGGCGCCUGCGUUGCCGACGCGAUGCCGGUGGGCGUUGUUCCGUCGGUGGCCAGCAUUCCUACGUCACAGCAGCAGGUUCCGCCCGGGUUCUCCGCAGUGACAGGACUCGGCGCCCCCUAUGCAUUCCCUCCCAACAUGGUGGCGACCUUCCUCGGCCAGCUCACGUCCGGACAGAUCGCGAUGCCGCCCGGCGUCAGCCAGCAGGGGGCGC